UAAAAUGUCACGCACUAUUUUUGCCUCUAAUUCUCAGAAGGAAAAGUGUUACUGACUGAUACACUCAGAAAACAAGUAAUUUGGACUUUAAAUUAUCCCUUUUGGACGGUUUGAUUUCUGAGAGGAUUUUGUCUUCAAACUGUCAUGGCGAACAAAAAAUGGGUAUUCUGUGGAUUUUCUAGAGCGGCUUAACCAGUGUGCAAAUCCUUCUCCGUCCGUUGCACACUCUGCUUCAAUUUACGUGAAUUUCUUAUCGUUCAUGUAAUGGCGGAAAUUAACAACUUUACUUGCCGUGGUAAAUUGUGGAAAUUUCUCCUGUUUUUAAGUGUAGUAUGUAUUUUCCUUUUACUGAAGUUUGACGGCCAGAAGAGAAAACCUGUUAGAGGUCCAGAAAUUAAAAAUGUUCUUUAUUCCAGUGAAGGAACGGAAGAAGCUAGAGGAAAAACAUCAACAAAACCAUCAACUAAAACAACAAUAACAGCAAAAGAAACAACAACAACACAAGUAGCAGCUACAACGGAAAUUACCACUUUAAUUACCUCAUCGACCACAACUAUAUCGAGUGAAAAAGUCACCAAAGAAACGAAAUGUUCCCCAGAACAAUACGUUCUUUUUCUCAAAACACACAAAGCAGGUUCAAGCACAAUGUCGAACAUCUUCUUUCGUUAUGGUGAUUCUCGAGAUUUGUCUUUUGUUCUUGGCUCAGACACUCUAAUUGGAUGGCCGACACGUUUCCGUAUUGGACAAGCUCUCGCUUUCGAUGGAACCCGGCCGAAUUUUCUUUGCAGUCACACAAGAUUCAAUAAGAAAGCCAUGAACCAUUUGUUUCCAAAAGACGCCAGCAAAUAUGUGACAAUCGUCAGAAACCCCGUCAAACAGUUCGAGUCAGCUUUUAACUACAUGGAAAUCGGAAGAAAAUUUGGCUUUGGGACAAACCCAACGGAAGCACUGAAAGCGUUUCUGAAGAAUGGGAUAAGUUUCAAUGACAUAAGAAAAUCAACUUUAGCCAGAAAUCCACAAAUGUUUGAUCUAGGUUUGGACUUCAAGUUUUAUCAGGAUGCCAAAGCCAUUAAAGAGUACAUUGAAUUCCUGGAAAAGGAGUUUGAUUUGGUUUUAAUCUCAGACUAUUUCGACGAGUCUGUGGUUCUUAUGAAGCGAUUACUUUGCUGGGAAUUGGACGAUGUACUUUAUGCUAAAAGCAAUGAAAGACUUGACAAAGAUAAAGCUCCGGAACUGUCAGAUGAUACGAAAGAGAACAUCAAACGUUGGAACAAAGCCGACGUGUUGAUGUACGAACACUUUAACCAGACUCUUUGGCGAAGAAUCGAAAGGGAAGGAAAAGAAUUUUACGAUGAUCUUGCGAACUUUCGUCGAAUGAAACAAGAACUUAAAACUAAAUGUUUUUCCGACAAACCAAGUAGGCAGUUAAUAUAUGGCAACAAGUAUGCUAAAGGAUUUACUUUGAAGUCGGAUUUGCCUUCUGAUCUACAACAAAAAUGCGGAAGAAUGACACGGACUGAAAAUAACUAUUUGGCAUAUUUAAGGAACAAGCGAGCAGCAAAAUUAGUCGGUAUUUACCGCGCAGCACCAAAUGAGGAUGAUAAAGAAAAAGUUAGUUGGGACGCAGCGAGUGAUUAUAAAUACGUUCCUGUAAAAACAACCCGAUGACCACCUUGAUAACCCAGGGCGUGGUUAUAAUAUGUUUACGUUCAUGGAAAUCAGCCCUCCUAGCCACGCUUUUGAGUGAAAUUUGAUUGUUAUUAGUAGUCGAAGCCGGAGAGGAUAAAUUACUGGAAUUAAAAAGAAUAUCAAGAAAACCUGACAUGCGUUUUAUACCAAAAAAUUUAUAAAGCUAAUUUGCCUUUAAAGUGUGAAGAAAUUUCUAGCAUUUAUAAUAGUGUAUGAAUCAAUGAGAAGAUGGGUUGAUCUAGAUAGAGAUUAAGAGAAUCUUUAUAACGUG